AUGCGGCCGCUUCUCUCAGUCCUGAGAAGCACAUCAGAGGCGUGGUCUGUGACAUUCCGCGCUGUCCGAACCUUGAACCCGAAGAACCUCGAUUCCAUCUGCUCCAGAUGCCGGCUACAACAAAAGCGCCAGUUCACGCAGUCACGCCGCUUGACUGACCAGAAUGCCUUCAGCGUGGAUCACCCGGCUAAGUUGGUUCGUGUGAACCAGAAGCAUGGACCUGGUUUGAUCAUCCUUGGAUCCUGGCAGGUCCAGCGUCUCGAUCGGAAGACAAAGAUGAUCGCCAAAUUCGAAGACCGUUUGACGAGACCACCACUUCCCCUGCCGCCGCGAAUCGACCCUGAGGCUAUCUCUGAAUUCGAUUACCGUCGUGUCUAUGCCACUGGCACCCUUCGCCACGAUAAGGAGAUGCUGGUUGGACCUCGUAUGAACGAGGGUGAGGACGGAUACCUCGUCGUGACUCCGCUUGAGCGCGAAGGUCAGAGCACGGUUCUCGUGAACCGGGGCUGGAUUUCUAGAAAGCUGGCAAACCAGAAGGAUCGACCGGAGGGUAUCAAGAAUGAGGUUGUUACGGUGGAGGGGCUGCUCCGGGAGCCAUGGAAGAAGAAUAUGUUCACGCCGGAUAACAAACCGGAGGAGGGCAAGUUCUAUUUCCCGGACAUUCAGCAGAUGGCAGACUUGAGUGGAAGUCAACCUGUUUGGAUUGAGGAGACUAUGGGUAUGAUCUAUUGCCUGAUAUAUGGGUCUGGACGCGGCUGA